UCCGAACCGGCAACCAUCAUCGCGAACUUCACGCCGCCACAACUCCAACGAUAACCCACCCCCACGCCCGCAAGCGCGCCCCUAGAGCAUCAAUUGCACGGCUGUAAACCAAACUCGUGCCCAAGAUGCUCGCCCGUCACGCUCCCGCCUCUCAGACGCUGAGCACCGCCGCCCACCGAGCUCUACCCGCAGCUACUCGUCUCUCCAUCGCCGCCACCACCCCUUCCCGACACCAGAAGAGGAGUUUGGCCACCGUGCAGGAUGCGCCCAAGCGGACAUAUGGAGGACUCAGGGAUCAGGACAGGAUCUUCCAGAACUUGUACGGACACCACGGGGCAGAUUUGAAGAGCGCCCAGAAGUACGGCGAUUGGCACAAAACAAAGGAAAUCAUUCUCAAGGGUCACGAAUGGAUCAUCUCUGAAAUCAAGGCUUCCGGUCUACGAGGCCGAGGUGGUGCUGGUUUCCCCUCAGGCUUGAAAUGGUCUUUCAUGAACACCAAGGAUUGGGACAAGGAUGAUAAGCCCCGCUAUUUGGUUGUCAACGCUGACGAGGGUGAGCCCGGAACCUGCAAGGACCGCGAAAUCAUGCGCAAGGAUCCCCACAAGCUCAUUGAGGGCUGCCUUGUUGCUGGUCGUGCCAUGAAUGCUACCGCUGCCUACAUCUACAUCCGAGGAGAAUUCUACCACGAAGCCACUGUCUUGGAACGCGCUAUCCAAGAAGCAUACCAAGCCGGGUUGAUCGGAAAGAAUGCCUGCGGCUCUGGUUACGACUUCGAUGUCUUUGUCCACCGCGGAAUGGGCGCCUAUGUCUGCGGUGAAGAGACAUCUCUUAUCGAGUCCUUGGAAGGCAAGCCUGGAAAGCCACGUCUCAAGCCCCCAUUCCCCGCUGCUGUUGGUCUAUUUGGAUGCCCUUCCACCGUCGCAAAUGUUGAAACUAUUGCCGUAGCACCCACCAUCUGCCGAAGAGGUGGUAGCUGGUUCGCUGGUUUCGGCCGUGAACGAAAUGCGGGCACCAAGCUUUUUGCUAUCUCGGGCCAUGUCAACCACCCUUGCACCGUGGAGGAAGAAAUGUCCAUCCCUCUCCGUGAGUUGAUCGACAAGCAUUGCGGUGGUGUUAUUGGUGGCUGGGACAACCUCAAGGCCGUCAUUCCUGGUGGUUCAUCAACUCCAAUUUUGCCCAAGCACGUUUGCGACGAUCAGCUCAUGGACUUUGACGCUCUGAAGGAUGCUCAGUCCGGUUUCGGAACUGCCGCUGUUAUCGUCAUGGACAAGUCGACCGACGUCGUCCGCGCCAUUACCCGUCUCGCCAAAUUCUAUCACCACGAGUCCUGUGGCCAAUGUACGCCCUGCCGAGAAGGUUCGAAGUGGACGCACCAGAUCAUGGAGCGAUUUGAGAAGGGUCAGGGCCGGACACGCGAGAUUGACAUGUUGCAGGAGUUGACCAAGCAGGUUGAGGGCCACACUAUCUGUGCUUUGGGCGAGGCUUUCGCAUGGCCACUGCAAGGGUUGAUCAGACACUUCAGGCCAGAGUUGGAGGAGAGAAUGAGGGAUUACGGAAUCAAGAGCGGUGGGGAAGCAUUGGCAGGCGGAUGGGCACAUGACGCAUCCAAGAAGGGGGUCCUGAUUUCCCCUGGACAGUAGACGUAGUCGGAGUGGAAGGGAGAGGAUCUAUCUUUGUACAAUGAGUUUGUUUCCUUUUGUUUGAGCAUGGUCUUCUUUUUUUCAAAGUCUCGAUCACUGAAAUGUGCAUAUAGUUGUCAGUGCAAUUGACUAUUUGGAGUUUGAAAAGUCUGCUGCUGUCUGAGAAGUGACAAUGGUAUCGCUCGCCCAACCUGAACGCCUGGUCGACCGUAUU